ACCCAUUCACGCGUAAGCGGCUGUACAACGUCGCUGCAUCACUUCCAUCACACAAUUGGCGUCUCAAGCUGAUAUCCGUACGCCCAAUAAUACCCCAGCUUUGUUACCGAACCGAGGCCCGUCGCGUCCCAGGCGGGGAAAGCUUACUAUUCAAUCACAACUCAGCUCCUAGGACCGAAAGUCUUCAGCAGGUCGCCAUUCCAUCGAAAAGAACGACUCAACAACAACUCUUUAGAAAAAAGUGUACUGGUCAUAGCUAAAAUUCGUCUACUUGUCUCAAAGAAGCUAGUUUCUGAAACAUCAUGACUUCUUCAUCAGACUACUCUGACAUCAAGUUCGAGAUCAAGGGACAGAUUGGUAUCAUCAAGUUCAACCGUCCCAAGGCCCUCAACUCCUUCGGCGGAAAUCUCAUCCCAGACGUCAUCGCCGCACUACGUGUUCUAAAUGAGCACCCAGAUACCGUCUUCACCGUCCUGACAGGCGAAGGCCGAUUCUUCUCCGCCGGCGCAGACGUCAAAGGCAUCCCCGGCGGUGGUGAAGUGUUCAAAAAUGAUGGAGAGAAGAAACUGAGUUUCAUGACUCGGUUUGGCUAUGCCACGGAACUUCUACGCUCCAUGAUCGACCACCGCAAAGUCCUCAUCCUUGCCCUAAACGGUCCCGCUGUCGGUGGUGGUGCAGCUUGGUUCCCGGGUAUUGCGGAUAUUGUCCUUGCUUCCUCAACAGCCUGGCUGCAAUGUCCUUUCUCAGCCCUUGGUCUCGUCCCUGAAAACGGAUCCGCUUUAUCCUUUGCCCAAUCCAUUGGCAUUCACCGGGCCAACGACUUCCUCAUGUUCGGCCGUAAACUCUCGGCACAGGAGCUUGUUGAUGCGGGUCUAUACAAUUAUGUGUGGGACGCUACGGGUGAUGAGUUCCAAGGCAAGGUUGUCGAGUUCUUGGAGGAGCAGCUAAAGGGGAAUGAUGGAAAGAGUAUGAUGGAGAUGAAGAGGUUGCAAAAUGCGCCGAUUAGGGAUGCGCGGAUGAUUGCUGUAGUUAAUGCUAUUGAUGCGUUGGCCGAAAGGUUCGUUGAGGGUGCGCCCGCGGAGAGGUUCAGGAUCAAGAGAGAGGAGAUGGAGCAGAAGAGUAAGGCUAGAUCGAAGAUCUGAAAGUUGUGAUACGUAGUGUAUCUUCCUGUAUUCUGGCUAGCAAGAUUUCAUUCACGAAAAAGUAGUGACGUAUUUCUUGAAUCAAUUCCGGGAUUUAUCCGUUCGUUCAA